AUGGCCGAUUCUUCCCCUAAGACUCCUGCUGAGACUCCCACCAACGACCAGCAGGGUCUCCGCCGCUCAAGUCGCUCAAACCGUGGUCAACUCAGCCAGAACCACUUUCUCCUACAGCACUAUGUUGUAGGAGAAGAGGCAGCUCGCCCGAUUCAUGGGCCUGGACGUCGCCGUGCCAUCGCAAAGCCUGAGGCUGAUGAUGAUGAUGUGUCGGGUCCGCUGGCACAGUCAGCGCCCACAGCUUCCAGCAAUACACGUCGGCCUAGAAUGCAAAGCCCGAGCAACAAUUUUGCCAAUUUCGGGAGCCACGAGAAGACACCAGCCGGCUCUACAGGGGCAGUAGCCUUGGUAACCCCUAGGCGAGGCAGUGUCCCAGCUUCUUGUACUCUUACACCCUCUAUUCAACAGAUUGGCGAUCGUCGCCGAAGUGCCUCUCCUCCCCAGUUUGCUUCUUCAAACAUGAGAGAUCGUCAAGACCCGGCCCCCCAGCAGCAGACAAUGCCCGCUUUCCCAUGGGAGCCAGCCUUUCAGUAUGGCUCUCAACUGUCUCCUCAGUAUCAGAGCCUGGGGCAGCAGAAGAUCCCAUCUCUUAUAAUGUCUGUGCAGCCCGGUCAGAUGGCUCCGCACCAACACUUCGAGCCGCAAACUCAAGAAUCUGUCUCCGAUGCCCCUGGAGUCUUUGUGAACCCAGAGGAUUUGAUGAUAGACACACAGGAUCUGGUGAAUCCACAGACGAACAAUAUUCUGAAAUCUGAAAUUCCCCAGUUUGCUGAACUAGUUGACUCGUAUAAUAAACUUCACAAGGAACGUCGAGUACAGGAAGUACGAGACCGUCUGGCUGCACAGGAGGAAACAGAUAAAGCGAAAGCGGCGGAGGCGGAAGAGAUGAGCCAGGAGGAGAUGGACGCAUUAUGGGAUCAGUUCAUGAAUCCUGAUGCUUUCAAAUGA